GCCGGUCCCCGUAUCGCCGUUCUGUUGCGGCCACGUUCGGUAUUGCUUCUGCGCGGCGUUCGACGGCCGAGCCCGGUUCUAUCCCGCCGUGAUCUCCGGGCGGCGCGGUGUGGCCUUCCCCGUCGGCCCAACGCCGCGGCUCCGUCGCGCUCCCGGGCAGCCCCGCUGUCCCUCUGCUCCGCUGCUCCGCUCUCGCGUUCGGGGUGCGGUCGCCCAUCGUUUCGCUGAGGGUGCAGUGGAGCCCAUGCAGAUCGAUGUGGAUCCUCAAGAAGACCAACAAAACGCACCUGAUAUCAACUAUGUGGUGGAAAACCCCACUCUGGACUUGGAGCAAUAUGCAUCCAGUUACAGCGGUCUGAUGCGGAUCGAGCGGCUGCAGUUUAUUGCUGACCACUGCCCACAGCUGCGGGUGGAAGCUCUCAAGAUGGCUCUGUCAUUUGUUCAGAGAACUUUCAAUGUUGAUGUGUAUGAAGAAAUCCACAGGAAGCUGUCUGAGGCCACCAGAGAGCUGCAGAAUAUGCCUGAUGCUGUCCCUGAUAGUGGAAUUGAACCUCCUCCUCUUGACACAGCUUGGGUUGAAGCUACACGCAAAAAAGCUCUUCUUAAACUGGAGAAACUUGACACAGAUCUGAAAAAUUACAAAGGGAACUCCAUCAAAGAAAGUAUCAGGAGAGGCCACGACGACUUAGGUGAUCAUUACCUUGACUGUGGGGACCUCAGCAAUGCUCUCAAGUGUUACUCACGAGCUCGGGAUUACUGCACCAGUGCUAAGCAUGUGAUCAACAUGUGUCUCAAUGUCAUCAAGGUCAGUGUCUACCUCCAAAACUGGUCUCAUGUUCUGAGCUACGUAAGCAAGGCUGAGUCUACGCCAGAAAUUGCAGAACAAAGAGGAGAAAGAGACAGCCAGACACAAGCAAUUCUCACUAAGCUGAAAUGUGCAGCAGGCUUGGCUGAACUAGCUGCACGGAAAUACAAACAGGCAGCAAAGUGCUUCUUGUUGGCAUCAUUUGAUCACUGUGAUUUCCCUGAGCUGUUAUCUCCUAGCAACGUAGCUGUGUAUGGUGGUCUCUGUGCCCUCGCUACCUUUGAUCGUCAGGAACUGCAACGGAAUGUUAUCUCCAGCAGUUCCUUCAAAUUGUUCUUGGAGCUGGAGCCACAGGUUCGUGACAUCAUCUUCAAGUUUUAUGAAUCUAAAUAUGCUUCAUGCCUGAAGAUGCUGGAUGAGAUGAAGGACAACCUGCUGCUGGAUAUGUACCUUGCACCUCACGUCAGGACACUUUAUACUCAAAUUCGAAAUCGUGCCCUAAUUCAGUACUUCAGCCCCUAUGUGUCAGCAGAUAUGCACAAGAUGGCGACUGCUUUCAAUACCACAGUGGCUGCUCUGGAAGAUGAACUUACUCAGCUGAUUUUGGAGGGACUGAUCAAUGCCCGAAUAGACUCGCACAGUAAGAUUCUUUAUGCUCGAGAUGUAGACCAGCGCAGCACAACUUUUGAGAAGUCUUUACUAAUGGGCAAAGAGUUCCAGCGACGUGCCAAGGCAAUGAUCCUGCGAGCCGCAGUGCUGCGCAACCAGAUACACGUCAAGUCUCCUCCAAGAGAAGGUAGCCAAGGGGAGCUUACUCCAGCUAACAGCCAGUCCAGAAUGAGCACCAACAUGUGAUAAACUUCAUGCAGUACCAAAACAAAUGGUCCCUCUGGGACUCUGUCCAGUGUCACACCCACAAACUGCUGAGCUUCACAAACUGUUCCUGCCUCCCUCACUUUGUGCUUGGAUUCAGAGGGUCGGGGCUGAUGAUGGAUAACAUGAAUGUUCCAAUAACUUCAGUUCUCCUUGAAAAGAAAUUCUUUCUCAAAACGGCAUCCCUGCAAUGGGUCAUCGUUUCAGGUUUAGUAGGAUUCUCCCAUCCUUCUUUGUCAGUCACUCCAUAGAGUGUUGGCAGAUUAUUUAUACAGAUGCUGAUUUGAGGUUGGUUCAGCUGCUGUUAGUUUUCUUGUUUCUGAGCUGCAAAAACAGGUAGUGUUAAGCUGAACGGGCAGGAGUGAUCUAAGAUGAAUUUCACUGGUAGGAAAGUAUUGCCUUGUUUCUGAGCAAUGCUGUGCUUUCUCUUUAUUUCUAAUAAACUCUUUGAAGUGCGUUGCUCUCAA